AUGCGAUCAUAUUGGUAAAAAACAAGUCAUUGUGUUGCCUUCAGUCGGUCGAGGCAGAAAAGCUCCAAAAUGCAGAAUCUAAUCCUUCCCGUUCUCCUGGCAUCCUUUUGGACAGUCUGCACAGGAGCAGGAGAUUGGUGCUAUCAGUCCCAGUUCACCUGUGAUCAUCAGUGCAACACACCAGACAAGUGGAACCAUGGCCACAGCAACUGCGCAGGAAGAUACCAGUCGCCCAUCAAUGUCGUCACCAGAAAGACCCUGAAAGACGAGCGUCUGACUCCUUUCCAGUUCAGCAACUACCAGCAAAUCUUCAGAGGCACUAUCAAGAACAACGGCCACUCGGUCCAGGUUGGAGUUACUCAUCCCAGCACCAUCUCAGGUGGAGGCCUGCCAACCAGCUACAAGGCUGUACAGUUCCACCUCCACUGGGGCAACAACGGGGGACCUGGCUCUGAACAUACCAUCGAUGGGGAGCAGUAUCCCAUGGAGCUGCACAUUGUACACAUGAAGCACCAUUACACUGAUCUGACGAAAGCGCUAUCAGACCCGGAAGGAGUUGCAGUCCUUGGGUUUUUCUAUGAGAAAUCCAAUAGUGGAAACCGAAAGUAUGACCCCAUCAUCAACGCUCUGCGUAGCAUCAAAGCUACAAACGACAACACAUCUCUGCUUGGCAUCUCCCUGGCACAGCUGAUCCCACCUGAGCAGAACCUGACCAGCUACUACCGAUACAAGGGCUCUCUGACCACCCCCGGGUGCACUGAGGCUGUGGUUUGGACUUUGUUUGAGAACCCCAUCCCUCUGAGCAUGGAUCAGCUGCGGGCGUUCUCCGAGCUCAAGUUCCACGAUGGGAAACCAAUGGUUGAGACAUUCAGGCCGGUCCAGCCCCUGAACGGUCGGCCGGUGUUCCGCUCCGGAAGUGCGGUGAUCCUGGCCAGCUCCGCCCUCCUCAUUGCCGCCAUGGCCAUGGCCUUGGGACUGUCCCAACCCAACUAG